AUGUGCGUCUCUCAAGCUCACUUAAUUACGCACUGUCUAGAUCUUCUUAUGGCUUCAGUUGCGUCUCAUUCUAAUGUUCAUCUUAUUACUUCUAUUUAUGAAAAUGAAUAUGGCAACCAUCCCAGUAAUCCCACUGCAGUUGUGGAGGUUGAAACCGUUGCUAGAGGAGAUACGGUAGUGAGAGAAGAUUCCAGUCAAACCCGAAACCAUAUAAUGAUUCCACUGAUCGAAAAUGAUGAUGGAGGUCUCUUCUUGACAUGGAAAGAUUUGUGGGUGAGAGUAGCUUCAAAUAUAAAUGGGAGAGUAAAGCAUAGCAGUGAUGCAAGAGGCUACAGAUCAAUCCUCCGAGGGUUAACCGGUUAUGCAAAACCAGGGCAACUCUUGGCUAUAAUGGGUCCUUCUGGCUGUGGCAAAUCUACUCUGCUUGAUGCUUUAGCAGGUAGGUUGAGUUCAAACACAAGGCAAACAGGGGAUAUCCUUAUAAACGGAUGUAAACAAGCACUAGCUUAUGGAACUUCGACAUAUGUGACACAAGAUGACACUCUGAUGACCACAUUGACCGUGAAAGAAGCUGUAUACUACUCUGCUCAACUCCAGUUACCUGAUUCAAUGUCUCUGUUGAUGAAGAAAGAGAGAGCACACAUGAUAAUUAGAGAGAUGGGUUUGCAAAACGUCAUCAACACGAGGAUCGGAGGUUGGGGAGCCAAGGGCCUCAGCGGUGGCGAGAGGAGAAGAGUCAGCAUCUGCAUUGAGCUUCUUACACAGCCAAAACUUCUGUUUUUAGAUGAACCAACAAGCGGACUUGACAGCGCUGCGUCUUACUAUGUGAUGAGAAGAAUCGCUGAUCUCUGUCAUAAACCGCCUCAGAGGACCAUAGUUGCUUCCAUCCAUCAACCUAGCUCUGAGGUCUUUCAACUCUUUGACGAUCUUUGUCUCCUGUCUGGUGGUGAGACUGUAUAUUUUGGUCCAGCUUCUGCAGCAAAUCAAUUUUUUUCUGCACGUGGUUUUCCAUGUCCAAGUCUCCUAUAUCCAUCAGAUCACUUCCUCAAGACCAUAAACAAAGAUUUUGAGCUGGAGAUCGAGCGCGGUUUAGCAGGAAGGACGCCCACGGAGGAAGCCAUUCAUACUCUGAUGCAGUCAUAUAAAACUUCUGAUAUCUAUUGCCAAAUUCAGAGACAAAUUGCUGAAAUGUACAAGAAGGAUUGUGAAGCAUUAGAAGAAAUAAGUCAUGCUGGCUUUCUCACACAAUGUCUCGUACUUACAAGGAGAUCCUUUGUGAAUAUGUACCGAGAUCGAGGCUACUAUUGGUUGCGCCUUCCUAUAUACAUAGCCCUAGCUGCCAGCCUCGGCACAAUCUAUUAUAAUCUUGGAUACACUUAUGAAGCAAUUCAGGCACGAGGCUCUCUGCUAGCAUUUGUGGCUACAUUUCUAACCUUCAUGGCCAUCGGUGGGUUUCCUUCCUUUGUGGAAGACAUGAAGGUAUUUGAACGUGAAAGACUGAACGGCCAUUAUGGUGUUACUGCAUUCGUCUUCGCCAACACAUUUUCUUCGAUGCCUAUGUUGAUGUUGGUUUCACUGAUUCCUGGAGCAACAACCUAUUAUGUUGCUGGACUUCACAGAGGAUUUGGGCACUUCUUCUACUUUGCUGCUACUCUAUUUGCUAGCAUGAUGCUGGUUGAGAGCUUGAUGAUGAUAGUUGCGAGCAUCGUGCCGAAUUUCCUUAUGGGCAUAAUAACUGGUUCUGGAUUGCAAGGCAUUAUGAUGGUAUGCGGCGGAUUCUUCCGGCUACCAAAUGAUCUUCCAGAUCUUGUGUGGAAGUACCCGUUGUACCACAUUGCCUUUCACAAGUAUGCAUUCCAGGGCAUGUUUAAGAAUGAAUUUGAAGACACCACAUUUCCGAAUGCUCAUUUUAGAAGCGGUAGCUCUAAGUCGCUUAGUGGCGAGAGCAUUUUAAGAGAUAUAUGGCAGGUGGAAAUGGGUUACUCUAAAUGGGUCAAUCUUGGUGUACUGUUAGCAAUGAUAGUUCUGUAUCGCGUUUUAUUCUUAGUUAUUAUCAAGAUCACUGAGAAAGGAAAAACUAUGACGUUAGCUCUUCUAUCCGUGGCUCCCAAGCGAAGAAUGCGCGUAUUGGUGGAUCCCUCCUCUAUUCCGUGGCUCACGUCUAUAAAUUUUCAGUCAAUUUGGUAA